ACUCCCAACCAAACCGUCGCUAACUAUCACUAGUCGCCGUGUGGUGGUCGUCGUCAUAUCCCUCGCCUCUGCCUCGACCGCCCGAUCGCCCAUAGCCUGCUGGCCUGCUCUGCUAGCCAUGGACCGGUCCAAGUCGUACGCGGGCGGGCGCAUGCAGAUCGAGCCGUACUACGGCGGCGGCGGCGGCGGAGGAGGAGGCGCGCGGGCGGACUUCCGGUCCUACUCCUACAGCGCCGGCGGGACGGGGCCGUCGUCCUACUCGUACAACCAGUACGAGUACGGAGGCCCGGGGGCGGGUGAGGAGGAGGUGAAGCGGAGCAAGUCGAAGCGGCGGUGGCUGGCGGACCCGGACAUGGACCGCAAGCGCCGCGUGGCGGCGUACAAGGCGUACGGCGUGGAGGGCAGGGUGAAGGGCUCCCUCCGCAAGAGCUUCAGGUGGGUCAAGGACCGCUACCUCGACCUCGUCUACGGUUGGUCCUGAUCCUCAGAGCACGCACACCACCGCUCUCCAUGGUUGUUGUUUGGCUCUCGUAGAUGUUGUUCAUCCUUCCUGGUGAUGUGAAACCAACCAGUACAGUGUAUGUAUUCAUGAGAUGUGUGACUCAAGAGGUUGUUUCAGACCAAA